UGUCAAUAUAUGAAAAGGGGGUGUGUUUCGCGAGGAAUUCCGGCCUCGUUUUCGAUCCGCGCAGCAGACGCAUAGUCUAUUUGCUAGUUCUCCGUACAACAAGAUGGCAGAAGCAACAGACGCUACAUUGGUGCUGGUAACGGGAGCCGGGGGGUUCAUCGCCACCCACAUCGUGAAGCAGCUCCAGGAGGAGGGGUACCGCGUGAGGGGCACAGUCCGGUCCCUGGAGGACGAGGAGCGGAUCAAGAAACUGAAGGAGCUCUGUCCGGACGCCAAACACGAACUGGAGCUGGUGGAGGCGGAUCUAACCAAACCGGAAUCCUGGGAGCCGGCUGUGAAGGAUGUGAAAUACGUGAUCCACGUGGCCAGUCCAUUCCCCACCCAGACUCCGAAAGAGGAGAGCGAACUCAUCCAACCCGCCGUGGAGGGGACUCAGGCCGUGCUCAAGGCAUGCGUGGCCGCCAAGUCAGUCAAGCGUGUUGUUCUGACCAGUUCCUGUGCAGCAGUAGGAUGGGGUCCCGGGGCAGACACCACAAAGACUUUCACUGAGGAGGAUUGGAUGGAACCGGAGAAGUUGAACGCCUACGGCAAAAGCAAGACCCUGGCUGAGAAGGCCGCAUGGGAUUACGUCAAGGAACUUCCGGACGAGGAUAAAAUAGAACUGGCCGUCAUCAACCCGGCAUAUGUGAUGGGACCCGUCAUAAAUGGGUCAAUGAGUACCAGUUCUGAAGUUGUUAAGCGGCUUCUAGAACGUGAGAAACCAUUUGUUGCAAAGCUCAACUUUCCCGUUGUGGACGUGCGCGAUGUUGCCGCUGCGCAUAUCAAAGCCAUGACGCUAGAUGACGCUGCUGGUAAACGUCACCUUAUAGUUAAUUCUAAUGUCUGGAUGAAGGAGAUGGCGACCAUCUUAUCCAAGGAGUUCAAAACACAAGGUUACAACGUGCCCACGGCGAACUGCCCCGGCCCCAUCCUGUGGCUGACCAGUCUGUUUGACCGAACCAUCAAGAUGGUGAUGCCCGAUAUAGGGAAGGUCUACAAGUUCGAUAACACAAGGAUGAAGGACGUCCUUCAGAUAACCCCCCACGAGAUCAAGGACACACUGAUUGAGAUGGCCUACAGUCUGAUCGAGGCCGGGCUGAUAAAGAAGACAAAGAAAUACAAGGGCCCGGGGGGCGGAGAACAGGAAGAAGACGGGGAGAAGAAGGAGGAAGGCGAGGGGACGGAGGGCGAGGACAAGCCCAAGGAGAACGGUGACGUCAAGGAUGAAGACAAGAAUGAAGACGAUCUUAAGAAGGAAGGAAAAGAAGAAGAGAAGUCGGAGAAAAUUGAGGACGUGAAAGAAGAGAAAAAGGAUGGCGAGGAGGAGAAGAAAGAGGAAAGCAAACAGGAAGAGAAGAAGACAGAGGAAAAGUCAGAACCAAAGCCGGAGGAAACCGCGAAAUAGACGGAAAUCUCGACAUCUCAAUUUGACUUGUAACAGUAGUCAUCUAGCCAUGACAUAUUUUUGAUAAGAUUCCACAUUAUUCGAUAACGUUGUGAGAAUUAAUUGCGAAUUUGCGGGAGUAUAAGGAUUUUGAUGAGAAGAAAUGGGGGUAAAACUUUGAUUUAUAUUUCAGACACAAACUGCGUGGGAUGCUACACGGAACACUAGUCAUGGUUUCAUAGAUAAUUUAUAUAUAUAUAUUUUAAUAUAAAUUGAUACAAUUUAUAAAAAAGGACCAAUGUUUUGAUGGAUUAUUUUUUGGCAUUUUUUUAUUCGUACAAUCGGAGAAAAAUAAGAUUUAAAAAAAACCCAACAAAGUGCUAAGAAAACUUGGGGGUUUUCCCUUCACAUUUUUCAUUUCGGUGUCAUUAUGGACCUGGUCACUACAUUUGUUUAUUGAAAUCCUGCGAUUAUUACACCAAAUUGUUCAUUUUAUGACGGAAGUGCAAUAUCUAAACAAAACAAGGGCGUUAAAAUUGCAUAUGUUGUUUACCAAUACAGUUAGAUCCGGAAUACCCAGUGCCACACGUUAUAUGGGUUCUGAACUUUUUGCUUUGACUGUAUCGAAAUAACAGGGCCCAGUGUCGGGAAAACCGAUCAUGCUUUCCUCAAAAUACUCAUUUUGUUUUCAUUAACCACAGCUUUUGUGCAUUGUUAUUGAUAAAUUGUUUUCUCACUUAGCAGACAUACAGUUCAUAUUGAAAGCGUCACCAAACUGUUUGAAUAGCUUGUAACCAUGGUAACCUGGGAUGUGUUUUGUUAUUACUCACAGAGAAAGCGUUGUUAACCGGUUUCUGAUUGCCUUCAUUUCUCUGUCACGCAUGCGCAUUCUCGCUCAGAAUCCAUUAAAAAUGGAUCAACUGUUGUUUACGUAUUGUAAAAAUAAAAUAAUGAAGCUACAACAUGUAAUGGCUGCCUUGAACUUUAUUUUUUAUCAAGACUUUAUUUCACUUUUGCUCUUUCCCCGUUUUUUAUACAGAUAUAUUUUCUUUUUUACUUCUUGUGUGUGUAAAUGUAUUGAAUCAUUUUUGUUAAUUUUUUAUAUGAUGUCGGUAUACACUUACACUUUAGCUAUCAAGAACAUGUUGUUUUGUCGGUUAUUUAAGUCAAUUUGUUUUUAUUUUCUAUAAAAUUAUUAGUGUCAAAAUUGAGAUAACAAUUAUAGUUGUGGGAAAAUUAGGAAAAGCUACUGAAUUUUCUGUUGUAAAUGAUGUCAAAGGGUAAACAAAGAAGAUUGAAAAAUGUUUGAUUCUGAAUAUUAAUCAAAACAUACACAAGCGAGAUUUACUAAGUCUAUUCCAUAUUAUGUUGUGUCAGUGAUAUGCAAUGCAAAGGUUGUAUUUAGUUUUGAACAGUGCUGUAGUAAUUAUUUAUAUUGAAAGAAUAAGUAGUUCUUAUAUGUUUGUAAUCUAAAAACAAAGGAACGACUUUUCAGUAAAAGUAAAAAUAAAAGGUCUUAGUUUCGUUUUGGGUUUUUUCUUCAGUAUUUAAUUUUUUGUUGGUUUUAAAGGAAAAAUGUCACGUGAUCGUGGUGUAGUUGUGGAAUAUGACAAAAUGAGUUCUGAUUUAUAUUGCCAAAGUGUUGUCAUGGAGUUCACAGAUUAUGGACAUUAAAUCUUACUGUUUGAAGCUCUUGUUGAAGAUGUUGUCCGUUGUAUAGAAAUCAACGUGCUGUGUACAUAGAGUUCAUAUGCCACAUAAACAUAUACUGUGUACUAACCGUGUUCCCGUAGCUUGUGAUGAAAAUGUAGUGAGACGAUUACCUUAUUAUAUAUAUAUAUAUUCAACUUCUACUAGUCCAUGUAUGGUUGCCAUAUAAAUUUCAUUUAUUUAUUAAUUGUGUAUAACAUUUUUUUUUCAUGCAUGUAUUUCGAGGUUAGAUUACCAGUGCGUGUGGGAAAAUACUUGCCCAACAAGCACAUUCUUCAGCGUAUAUAUAUAUCUAUCUUAUUAUGAUUUUUUUUUAUUACGCAAUACAUCUUCAGUAUUACAUUUUCUUCGUUUUGUAAGCGCAUUGUAACAUUCCGCAUUUUUGAUGAUUUACGGAAUGCUGUAUGUGAAAUAACUAAAGCAUGGUAUGCACGGUCAAUCGAUCAACCGCUUAAUUUUCUGAGAUCUUGUUUGGUUGUUUGAUCACUAUCGAGUAAACUUGUAUAUCGUUUAGUCCCCAGAAAUGAGAUGCAAGUUUAACUCGCAUAUAUCUAUUUUUAACAUAACCAGUGUGUUAAUGACGUCAGUAAGGUUUUGUUUAAUUACAGGACUGUAGUUGAUUCACAGAUAAUUGUUGAAUAUUUUGUAUAUCAAUUGGCAUAAGAAAUAAGCUUUAAUUAAUUUUUUUUAUUUCUUUAAUAAUUAUAUUAAUUAAAUAUUCUCUUAAUUUGCAUUUCGUCCACUGGAGAUCAAACAAAUUCUAGUUUACAAAAUUCAUUCGGGGGAAAAAGGGAACCUUUAAUAAAAUACACUUCAUAUUAAAAAUCAAAAUGAAAUAACUCUUCCUUCUAGAAAAAAAUAAUGUAUCUGAAUGCUAGGACAUCUUUGAAAUCUCUAUGGAAACUGUCUUGGUUUUCAUAGUAAUGGUUGUGAUCUCCAGUAGCGCCUACGUCAUCAAUGUAUUGUAAGCUCAAAUCUAUGAAUGUGCAUUACUUGUCAAUAAACAAGUCUAUGUCAGUAUA